GGGGUGGGCGCUGGGGCGGGGUCCCAGGAGCAGCCGACCUCUGGCAUCCCGAGGUGCCCGCCGCCCCUGGCCGAGGGCCGGUGAGGGGGUGUGUUGGCAGCCUUGUCAACCGCGGGAACAGGGCUGGGGGCACGCGAGAGGCAGCGCCGGCCGCGUCUUUGGGGUUUCCUUUUUAUUUGUCCCUCCUGCUGGGAGUCAGUCCGGCUCGACGAGCAGUCAUUACGCGCAGCUGUGGGGCAGCUGAGGGUCGGGGCGCGGUGGGUGAAGACGGAGUUGAGGGUCCCCAGCUCUGGGCUCAGUGACUUGGGAGAGGUUCUGGGAAGGCUCCCACGAAGAGGGAAUGCCCGGAGCAUUUCAGCCUGAGGCCGGGCGCGCACACACCCCCGGGCCGGUUCCCUAUCUUGGCAAGUUCGUGGUCUGAUUCUUUUGGGGGAAAAAAAACCAGAGCCAGCUACUUUCCAUCUUCCCUACACUUGGGUUAGAAAUAGAGUUUCAGAUAAACUAGUUUUCUUGGUAGAGUUCACUUGGGCUGGAGAGAAUGACAGCUUGCAAACCUCUUUGGUCUUUGAAUAAAUCAUAUACGCAAUUUUCUUCAUCCCAUGAAGAAUGUCGAAGAAUUGAAGAUUCAGGAAGCCAAUGCACGUCAUUUAGUCAAACGCACACACCCACCUCCUGCCGGUCCUCUAAAAGGGGAAACGGUUGGGAAGAGCUUAUGUGAAGUUACCCAGGGACUUCCCUGGUGGUCCAGUGGUUGAGACUCUGCGCUUCCAAUGCGGAGGACGUGGGUUCCGUCCCUGGCCGAGGAACUUAGAUCCCACAUGCCACUCUGCGCGGCCAAAUAAUUAAAAAAAAAAAAAAAAAUCCCCAGUCAGAGGCAGGACAGCGACCUUAAUCUUCCUCUAAACUCUUCGGGUUAUAACUGAGGGCAAAAGUGUAAGUAACCCCAAAUGAGAAAAUAAAGAAGAAAGCAAGUCCCAUGAUUGCUCUCUUCUUCACCACAGCCCCUCCCUAGCAGGGUGGGGCCCUGAACAAGGAGCAGAUAACUCAGCUACUGGAGGCCCGGAUUUAUCCUAAGCAGUGAAACAGGAUGAGAGGCCCGCCCCUUGCAUAUCUGACCACGGGACUAUUUAACUGAAAACUGCAGCUCCAAGUCAGGGUGUGCUGAUUUGAAUCUUUGUCUGCUGUGAAAAGGCAAGAGAGGUGAGUCUUUGUCCCUCCCUGUCUCCUUACUCCCCAGUGGGGUGGACACUCUGUAUGGACACUUUCAGCUUGGAAAUACUGGACUGUCCAUCUUCCCCUAGCUGCCUCCUGCUUCAGAAGAUGUCCUAGCCACCUGCCUCACUGGAUGGGUUAGGUGUCCCCCAGGGGUCUUCAUCCCCAGUACCCCAGCUGGCUCCCCUGUGCCUCUCCCCCUUGCUGAAUACAUACACCCCGUUGUAAUAUCUGUUCACUCCCUCUCCCGUAACAGAUGCUAGCUCCUUGGGGGCCAAGGACUUGUCUCAUUUAUCUCUCUAUCUCCAGCACCUGCACCCCCAGCACAGCAAUGCUUAUUGAUUGAAUUAAUUGUACUGUUUGGUGGGUGUUCAGGUCUAUUGCAAAAACUGUUUGGGGCCCCAGAGAUAGCUGGCUCAGGCCCAAGGAUGACAGAAGGAACCCAGUUAUGGAACCUCUCUGAUUAAUUAGCCACAGGGGACAUUCCAGUCAUGCCAACUGCUUUAUCACAUGAACUCAGAGAAGGGGUAGAAGCACCUCCCUCCACCCCACCUGCAGAGAAGGUGCCAGAGGCUUCUGAAAUUGCAUGAGCGCACCUCCAGUAUAAAUGGAAUUUCACAGGAUUAUUCGUACCCGUUUGUUUCUGCGUAUUAAUCUUUUGUGAACAUUUUGCCACCUCAACUGAUACUCUCUUUGAAAUCUUAACACGGCAUGUCCCUGGGUAGUAGGACUCAAAAUGAGUUUUACUUUCUUUUUGGUAUUGUUUCAGCUUUCUACAUUGAGCCAGUAUCACUUUCAUACUAGGGAGAUAAAAAGCUACUUUUAUUUUAAAAUUAUUCAACAGGAUUUUUAAAAGACUGCCUAGGUUUCCGUUUUCGUCUUAUGAGGUCUCGGACAAAUCCAUUCCCCUAUUGGGACUCCUUUUCCCCAUCUGCAAAGGAGAAGGGGUUAGAAAGGGACUAGAACUGGACUAGAUCAAUGUUUUCCACACUGAAUUUCAGCAGAGCUCCCAUGUCUCUCCCCUCUUCACCCAGAGCCCUGCGUUUUAUAUAGUGGAGUUACAAGGAAGAUUUUAUUUGCUGGUGUCCCGUGGAAAAAAAGUGAAAACCAGGGGACUAAAAAUUCUCUGAGAAAAUAAUUAAGUCCUGGAGAUGUAAUGUAACACCAUGGUGACUAGUUAAUAAUACUGUGUAUUUGAAAGUUGCUGAGAGUAGAUCUUCAAAGUUUUCAUCACAAGAAAGAAAAAUUGUAACUGUCUUGAUGGAUGUUAACUAGACUUCUCGUGGUGAUCAUUUUGCAAUAUAUACAUAUAUCGAAUCAUGUUGUACACCUGAAACUAAUAUGUUAUUUGUCAAUUAUAUCUCAAUUAAAAAAAAACAACUUUCUGAGGACACUUCUAGCUCUGGCGUUUGAGGAUUCUAAUAUUUGGCCAUUGUCUUUGAAGGCAAAGGCUUCCACCAGCUGACCCCAACUCAGCCAGGAUCUCCUCAGCUGGAUGCAUUUCAUCUUCUCAGAUGAGGUAGUGCUUCUCUUUGAUUUCUGGAGUGUCCACAGUCCUGCAGGCGUGGCCCUUUCGGUGUUGGUCGUCUUGCUCCUGGCUGUGUUGUAUGAAGGCAUCAAGGUUGGCAAAGCCAGGCUGCUCCACCAGGCCCUGACAAGCCUGUCCAUCUCCACCAGCCAGCAGCUCAUUGAAGAGACAGACCAGAAUUCUACAAGCUCAGACUCCCCCUACGUCAGCAGAACCCGCCUCAGGUGGUUCUUGUGUCACUUCGGCCAGUCGCUACUUCAUGUCGCUCAGGUGGUCAUCGGCUACUUCAUGAUGCUGGCUGUUAUGUCCUACAACACCUGGAUUUUCUUCGGUGUGGUCCUGGGCUCAGGUGUGGGCUACUACCUAGCCUAUCCACUUCUCAGCAUGACUUAGCUGGUGAGAGCUGUGCAGGCUCUGGGGGCUGGAGAGAGCUGGGGCCCCUCCUUCCAGACAUUGAACUUCCAGCCCCACAUCUCCUUUUUCUUCUGUUGGCUGUUCUCACGGCAUCCCCAGCUCCUGGAAACUUUCAGCUGAAGCCAGCACUUGCUCCCUGGAGUUGAGGCCACUGUAGCUCCUCAGCCAGGCUGCAGAGGGCCCAAGCAUAGUGUUUCUGUGCCUUAAGAAGGGUGCUGUGACCAGAGGGUGGACGGAGAGACCAGAACCCGGGGGGCAGGUUUCAUGAUGAUGGCAGCAUCUGCAGGACCUGUUUCCCUUUCUUGGGGAGAGAGUGACAGCAGACUAAAGGCAGAAAAGCAGGACUGUCAGCAAGGCUUUGACCUAUCCUCCAAAUAGAGUGAGCUCCUCCCAUCAGACAGCACUGCCUGCAGGAAGAUGAUACUUUAAUGGCUUUAGGUGUCAGGGGGCUCUUCAUGGCCUUAAUUCCCCCCUCUUGUCCUGAUCCUCCUUCUAUGCAAAACCAAGAACUGCACUGAAUAAUAUUCAAUACAAAUGUUCUUUAUUUAUUACUUACUGCUCACCCAUAAUGAUCUGGUAGGGAAACAUGAUUCAUCCAUUUAAAAUACUGAGUAAGCCACAGGGGGUACUGACUGAAGAUGCAAUAAAGCAGUCAAACCAAAGCAUUGCACUAGUAGAGUUAGGUGGGGCUCUUCAGAUAUGUGAACCUUUUCACUUUCAAGAAAAGGAAAGAACAGACCCAGGGAUAGAAAAUCACUGCUGUAUACUGUAAUGUCUACAUUCAAGUACCUCGUGGGCUAGAAGAAAGAUCGUCUGAAGCUUUGAGAAUUUAAAAAGAAAUAUAUUUUAAUAAAUAUAUAUUUUUAAAUAGUC